CUUUGUUGUGAUGUUCUGUGUGCUUUCAACUGUUGAAUGUCUGUCACCCCUACAGCCCCAGCUUGCAAACAUGAAGACAACUUUCCCUGCAAUUUGCAGGUCUUGAUCUGCUGUAAGAAAGAUGUACAUUGAAGAUUACUGAAAAAAUAAUGGAGGAGUUUCUGAGCACGCUCCGGGAUCAUGAUGCCAGCUCUGUUUUGUCAUCCUGUGAGCCAGAGCUGCAGGAGCUGAUGCGGCAGAUUGACAUCAUGGUGGGGCAUAAGCGGCAUGAAUGGGAAGCUGAGGUUCGAGCUAUGGAGCUCAGUCUGCACAAUACAGAAGAAGAACUGCAGUCAGCCAAGGCUAUACUCGACAAGAGGAACUCAGAGAUGUUCAGAGUGAGAGAAGUGAUGAUAUCCUUGCUGGAGCUCCAGGAGGGUGGUUUCCGAAUGUUGAAGUUGGUAGUGGAGAAGGGAUUGCAGCAGAUUCGAGUGCUGGGAAAACAACUAGAGGAGUUGCACGCUGGAAAACAAGAGCUGGUUGUGAAGUAUGAAGAACAGCUGCUGCAUGUAAAAGAAGAACUGUCUAAAUUGAAGCGCAGCUAUGAAAAGCUACAGCGUAAGCAUCUGAAGGAGUCACGAGAUGGAGCUCUGAGCAGAGAAGAGGACAGGACAGAGUUGUCCCGUCUCAACAGCAAGAUUGAGGAGUUUCGGCAGCGUUCUGCAGAGUGGGAACAACAGAGAUUACAGUAUCAGAGACAAGUGUCUUUAUUGGAGGAACAGAGGAAGACCCUUGCUGAACAGUUUUCUCUCAUCCAGUCUCAGGGUGUAGGUCGGCCACAGGAGCAGGGGGAACUGCAGCGGCUGCGUUCUCAACUUCAGAGAGCUCAGGACAGCCUACAUACACAAGAACUGGAGCUGGAGAGACUUCGGCUGCUCCAGGAUGAGCUGGGAGACUCCAUCAAGGAACAGCAGGUCAGCUGCCAUGCCGCAGCUCACAGACGGGGACAGGUUCUGAGUGAAGAACGAGAGGAGCUGAAAGCUACACUGGACGCUCAGGAUCAGUUUGUACGCAGCACAGGAGUCCAGCAGCAGCAGUUACGGCGAGAAGUGAACCGACUCAACCAAACCCUGCAAGCCAAAGAGCAAGUCAUUAGGUCUCUAGAGGAAUGUCUGUCAUCACAUGGUUCUGCUCCAAACUUGGCUUCUCUUAGACAAGAUCUGGAGAAAGUCACAGCCAGGCUGAACAGUUCCCAGACCUGUGAGAGUCACCUAAAGGCUGAAGUCAUGAGACUUCGUGACAAGUUGGAGAGCAUGCGGAAAUAUAAAGCAGAGAUGAGCAGACGAGAACAUGAGUGGAAACAGAUGGAGGAGGAACACAGUCGCUGUACAGCUGAAAACAAACGUUUGCGUGAAGAGCUUGAGAGGGCCGGACAGACCCGCUGUGGGGAGCUGGAGGGAAUGAGAAAGGAAGUUUCUCAGUUAACCAGUGAACUUCAUCAGCGUGACAUUACCAUUGCCACACUCACCGGCUCUGCCUCCAGCAUUGAGAGACAGUUACGAGCAGAAGUGGAGCGAGCAGAGCGAAGGGCCUCAGAACUCAAGGUGACGCAGGUUCAGCUAGAAACCUUAAAGCUUGAGAAUCAGCAUCUGAAUGAUCUUCUGGAGAGAGUCGAGUCUCAAUCACCUAAGAGAGGUGAUGGAGAGCUGGCGAGUCUCAGAGACAGCUAUGUGUCAUCUCUAAAGAGUCUGGAAGAGGAGAACAGGCAGCUAAGACUAGAAAUGACUGAGUUACGAGCUCGGAUGGAGGCCAGCAAUCAGACCUGGCAGGACAAAUAUGAGAGAGCAUUGCUGCAAAAUCAGAGCAAGAACCACCUAUACAAUGAGCAAAACAGAUCUGAUGAGGAUGUGCAGCUCAGACACCAGGAGGAGCUGCAGGCCAUGGAGACUCAGAUGCAAGAAAGAACCUCGCACUAUGAGGAGCAAAUCCAGACGCUCCUCAAACAGCUGGAGAACUUGUCGCGAAAUUCACCUUUUCGCCCAGAUGGCCAAUCACAAGAGAGCAAGACAUCUGUAUCUCCAGCACGCUCUUCUGCAUCAUCUGCCUCAUCUUCAUCUUCAACCCGUAAAGCCCAGAGAGUGGCAACUCUGCUCAGUGCAGUGGCCAAUGGAGAGGAGGCUCAAGCUUCCAGCUCGGUAGACACCUUUCUGCCUUUGGACUCCACUGGAUCUCCAAAUACCUCUGUGACCACACGCUUUCUGGAAGAGGAAACCCUACGUUCUCAAGAGCUGCUCCAGAGGCUGGACGCCCACAUUCAGAGCAUGAAGCAGGAAAACGCCAGCACCGUCUGCAAAUACCUGGGCAAGACUGGCAGCCCUCAAAACGGUCAAUGACUCCAGAAUAUUUUGAUCUGUAUCGAAAUUCACAUGCCAUAUAUGCCCAUUUCUGUCUGAGAAGGUAGAUGUGUUUUGGCAGAGGAUUCAUAGUUUCUGCAAGAUGAUUGAUUGAAGACCCUUAACGCCAGCACAGCUCUUCAGAAAAUGACACCAAAGCAGUGCCAAACAACUGUACCUUCAUGUUUAUUGCACUAGUAAAGGUAUGACCACAUACACACACACACUCCGUUUUCUUUUACCAGAGGCCUUUCAUAUGGACUUCAUCAUUUCGCCCUCUUUAGCACUUUAAACACGGUAGCUGUCCUGUUUAUCUGUGCCUUAUACAAUCAAUAUUUAUGAAUGCUGAAUAUUUGUAAGCCCACAGACAUGAUUGUGAAGAAUUUGUUUUAAGGGUUGAAUUAAAAGAUCUUGUUUUCAUAGCCUUGGUUGUUAUGGGAGUUUGUGCGAAUGCUUUUACGUCUCCGUCACUUUACGCUUUGGGGAAAAGGCUGUUUAGACAUGUGAUGGGAUGAGAUACGUCCUCUUGGGCCGUAUCCUUUAACAGCGGAGAUGUAAAGUUGACGUCAAACACACAAACUUUAUCUCCGGUCUCCACCUAUGUUUAGUGGCCUAUCACAGACCGCUGUAAUGAUUUAGUAAGGUUUCACCCCAAGAAUGCAUGGUCUAUGCCAGGCCGUAGGGUUUAAGGAGCACAAACACACACACACGUUCGACAUGAGAACGCUUAUGGAAUGUUAAUGUCGUCCAUGUGGGAUCCUGCACAUGGAAAUCGCCGAAGGCUGUUAUUGAGCGCUGAAGGGAAAAGCUGAUAUAUUACCAACGGAGUGGUUGUGAGUGGGAGACAUGUGCUCUGUCGUUUUGAGAAAUAGGGGGAAUAGGAAUAUCCUAAAUCUAAUUUGUUUUGGAAUGUGUCUCUUUUUUUCCCUCUCUCUCUCCCUCUCUCCUUCCCUUCCUCAGAUUAGCAAGUGCUGGAAAUAUGUUUUGCCGGGCUCGGGUCCAGCGGUUUUGCGAUCGGAAUUCCGUAACCCUGGUUACCGGUCCUGCAAAGCUCAACAAACAGCACUGAGGAAUUUGGCAAUGUGGACGUUUACUCUUUUGCUUGCAGAGGAAAAACAUUUUUGAUUCUUAUGAAGUUUGGGGCCCUGGGAGAAAGUCAAGGGCAAAAUGAGAGAUUAAUCAACACUUGACUUGCUUUAAUGGUUGAACUAUGGCCAAGAAUGUACCUGAUAAUUUUGUUUUGAGCUGGUAAAACUGUUACUUUAAAAGGUCAGAACUUUUAAAAGUUUUUUUUAGAAUGGGAUUUCUGCCUAAAGGUCUUGAGUAUGUAAAUCAGCUUAUUCUAAAGGCCCUUUCGCUCCUUAAACGAUACCAAUAACUGUGCUAGCAUCUAUUUCAGCAGUUGAUAUUGUCUCAUUCAUUCUAAAGCCCAAGUAUAUGUCAUUUUAUUUUAAACGUGCAUCAAUGUAUGCGCAGUCGAAUACAGUGUUUUAAAGGAUACUCCAUUUGUCUUGACAUUUGACACAUACAUGCAAGAUGUGUCCUUUUUCAGUAUCUGUGCUUUCUUUCUCCAAAUGUCUUGCAUUAUAAUAAUGUCUUUGCGCUGUUCUAAAAUAGAGCUUAAUACAUUGUAGUUGACUUUUUAAAUAACUUUAAUCAUUCAUCAGCUGGGAAAAAAAUGUUUUGAAGAAGAAUGCGGCAUUACUGUUAGAACUUUCACCAGGACUCUAAUAUUCAUAUACAGUCUUAUGGUAAUUAAGGAGCUGUUUUAUAAUCUGGGGAAUUAGUAACUAAUUCAUAUACAUUCUAUGGACACUUUCUAUGGACGCAAAUUUCUAAUCACAUGGCAGCAACUCAAUGCAUUCAGGCAUGUAGACAUGGUCAAUACAAUCUUCAAACUGAGCAUCAGAAUGGGGAAGAACAGUGAUUUAAGUGACUUUGAACAUGGCAUGGUUGUUGGUGCAAAAAGGGCUGGUCAGAGUAUUUCAGAAACUGCUGAAGAAGAAGAUGCUGAAGAGCAUCUCUGAACGCACAACACAUCGAACCUUAAGACAGAUGGGCAACAGCAGCAGAAGACCACACCGGGUGCCACUCCUGUCAGCUAAGAACAGGAAACUAAGGCUACAAUUAGCACAGGCUUACCAAAAUUGGACAAUAGAAGAAUAGAAAAUGUUACCUGGUCUGAUGACUCUCGAUUCCUGCUGCAACAUUCGGAUGGUAGGGUCAGAAUUUGGCAUCAACAACAUGAAAGCAUGGAUCCAUCCUGCCAUGUAUCAAUGGUUCAGGCUGCUGGUGGUGGUGGUGGUGGUUGUGUAAUGGUGGCGGGGAUAUUUUCUUGCCACAAUUUGGGCCCGCUAGUACCAAUUGAGCAUCUUGUCAACGGCACAACCUACCUGAGUAUUGUUGCUGACCAUGUCCAUCCCUUUAUGACAACAGUGUACACAUCUUCUGAUGGUGACUUCCAGCAGGAUGCCUUGUCAUAAAGCGCGAAUCAUCUCAGACUGGUUUCUUGAUCAUGGCAAUGAGUUCACUGUACUCAAAUGGCCUCCACAGUCACCAGAUCUGAUCUCAGUCCAAUAGAGCACCUUUGGGAUGUGGUCGAACGGGAGAUUUGCAUCAUGAAUGUGCAGCUGAUAAAUCUGCUGCAACUGCAUGAUGCUAUCCUGUCAAUGUCGACCAAAAUCUCUGAGGAAUAUUUCCAGUACCUUGUUGAAUCUAUGCCAUGAAGGAUUGAGGCUAUUCUGAAGUCCAACCCAGUACUAGUAAGGUGUACCCAAUAAAGUGGCCGGUGAGUGUAAAUUUACAUGUUUUUAA